AAGUCACCAGUCUCGGGAGUGUCUGCGUGUUAGUCUCAGGUUCACUCCUUCAGUUUUCACCUUCUCUCCUCGUCUUGCAGACUCACCAUGCUUCUAUUCGCUCUGUCCUUGUUGUUGCUGCAGCUAUCCAGCGCUCAGGUACAGCAGCAAGUGACAGAGGGGUCUCGACGCACCCUGUGUGUGCCGCCCGCCGCCGCGCCCGCACAGCUGGAGGCGGUCAUAGAGCAAUGCCAGGAGGAUAUCAAACAAGCUGUUCUCGAGGAGGCACUGCAAGUUUUGGGAGAUGCAGGCCAAGAACUUGAUGCAAACCCUCUCAAACACAACAGAACAAGACGAGAGACCUUCACAGGGGAAGAGAGACGCAUUGCUGGGUGCUUGCUCCAGUGCGUCUACAGGAAGGUGAAAGCCGUGGAUGAGAGAGGCCUUCCAACCAUCCCUGGCAUGGUGAGACUGUACAGUGACGGAGUGUCAGACAGGAACUACUUCCUGGCCACUGUACAGGCUGUUCACCAGUGUAUGUCAGCUGCCGAACAUAGAAGAUCCCUUAACCCAUCAGUUGUACAAGAUGGAGGAUACACUUGUGACUUGGCAUAUGAUAUGUUCACCUGUGUCAGUGACAGAAUAGAAGCAAUUUGUGGCCAAGCACCUUGAAGAUUUAAAAACUCCAGUCAUCAAAGCAAAAUAAUCAAACCAUCAUAUCAUUAGGAUAAGAAAUAAUGUACAUAUUAGAAUCAUCCAUCAGCGUUGUUCUAGAAUCUAAUUAAGUUAUUAAAUACAGUUUAAUAUACAA